CUCGGCGGCUCCCGGAAGCACACGGCAGGACGGCUGGAUGGCUCCGCGAGCCCGGAUCCAGGAAAGCCGGCUUCUGGAAGCUCACCAGGCCGGUGGCUUCUGCCCUGCACGCAGCGACCCUCUCGGGUUACCUCCGCCUCUCGGCUGCUUCCUUCGCCCGCCUUCGCUGAAAGCCCUUCCGGGGCCACGCGGAGGCACCGCCUCUUCCGCCAGGCCGAGCCCGCAGGCCGCGAGCCACGCCCGGAGGCGGGUCGUCUGGGGGGACCCUGUAGUCUUCGCCUCCAGUUCUGCCCCUCUCUCGGGGCCUCCCGGGGGUUUUCCCGGCGGCCCUUUCGCCAACUGCCUGACUUCCGGAGCGAGGUGCGGGACGGCGUUCCUUCCUAAACACAGGCGGGGCUGGGAGCGCGAGGGCUGCGAGCGGCGGCAAUUGCUAGGCGGAGACCGCUCGGUGAAGAAAGGUCUGAGACAGGAUCAGGACGGGCGGGCAUUUGCCGUUUUCGUUAAAACUAAAGAAGUUCCAGCACCUCCUUGUGGAUGUAAAGAAAAAUGGUGGAAAUGCUGUCAGCAACGAUUUACAGACCCGACCGGCAUCCACAGACACGUGGCGACGCAGCAUGCUGACGAGAUCCGCCGUGAGACUGCUGCUGUUCUGAAGCAGCUGGCUGCGACAUCGAGCCCCUCCACGGGUCCCGAGUCCGCAGACAGCAGGAACCCUUUCAGAGAUGCCCUCACCCGUAACCAAGAACUGUCUGCCUGGCUGCCGGAUACAAGCUGCUUCAGCCCCGAUGAGCUGAUAAGUGGCCAGGGCGACGAUGAAGGGGAGGUGCUACUUUAUUACUGCUACUGUGACCUGAAGGAUCCCAACUGGGUCUGUGCCUGGCAGACAGCUCUGUGUCAGCACCUGCAUCUCACGGGCAAGGAGCCUGGAUGUGACUCAGAAUCAUGGUACUCUGGAGAGCUACUGCUAGUUCGAAUUGCCACGGAGGGAAUCAACGGGACUGUUGGUGGGAGCAGACUGGCCAGCAGACUCUAUGUCAGCGCCAUGCUUUCCUGCCCACUGUUUAAGGAUUACCUCUGUAAGGAUGAUUUUAAGACCAGCAAAGGAGGAGCUUGCUGUUUUCCAGAAUUGCGUGUUGGUGUGUUUGAAGAAAUUGUGCCCAUGGGGAUCAGUCCCAAUAAGGUCUCCUAUAAGAAGCCUGGAAUCCAUUUAUCCCCAGGUGAAUUUCAUAAAGAAGUAGAAAAGUUUCUGUCUCAGGCAAAUCAAGAGGAAAGUGAUACUAUCCUAUUGGACUGCAGAAACUUCUAUGAAAGCAAAAUAGGACGAUUCCAGGGCUGCUUAGCCCCAGACAUCAGGAAAUUCAGUUAUUUCCCUAGCUACGUUGAUGAAAAUCUAGAACUUUUCAAAGAGAAGAGGGUGCUAAUGUAUUGCACUGGGGGCAUCCGUUGUGAGCGGGGUUCAGCCUACCUGAAAACCAAGGGAGUGUGCAAGGAAGUGUUCCAGCUCAAGGGUGGCAUCCACAAGUACUUGGAGGAGUUUCCUGAUGGUUUUUACAAAGGGAAGUUGUUUGUUUUCGAUGAGCGUUAUGCCUUAUCUUUCAACAAUGACAUAGUGUCAGCAUGUUCCUACUGUGGGGUCCCCUGGGACCACUAUAAGCUCUGCUCCACGCCCCGGUGCCGCCAGCUCGUCCUGACCUGCCCAGCCUGCCAAGAACGAGGACGCACAGCCUGCUGUGUCCCGUGUCAAGACAAGGGGAGCAGACAGGCUGCAAGCCUAGCCCAGAGCAACUUCAAGGAGGAAUGCGAGUGUACCGCCCGACGGCCACGGGUACCGAGGGAGCGCUCACAGCGGGGGCCUCUCGCGGCAGGAGCCUCUGCCCUCCCGCCCGGGGCCCAGGCUGGACGUUGACGGGAGCAGCCCCCUCUGCAUCCCCCAGGCCCUCACACAGCUAGGUCUGGAGGAUGUCAGGGCUGCGCUAACAAGAACAGGGAAGGUCAGGGCCGCCAGAGCCACUGUGGUCAGCUGGCCACCAUGUUGGCCCCUGUCCUCCACAGGAGAAGGGAAGAGGAAUUUGGGUGCUGACCUCUUACCAGAGACAUUCUGGCUCAGCGGUGCUAGACCACAGAAAAAGGUGAGCUUUGUGGGAUCCUAAAGUUCCUAAGGGAGAGAGCCUUGAGCCUGGUGACCUGAUCUGCCCCUUCUGCACCAUGCAGCAGGCCUGGCCGGUCAUUGUUCUUACCAGCAAACCUGUCUGUCCUGAUGGCAGAAAUGAAAGCCGGGCAGCCCAAGAAGCAGACUUCUCAGAACUGGGCCUCUUAGGUCAAUCCACCAUCCACCCCUGCCCUUCUUUUCCCUGCCAGCCUCAGCACUGCACCAGGGUCUGCCAGCUACAGCAUGUGGCCCACCUCUUUCUGUAAGUAAAGUUUUACUGGACUAGCCACAGCCAUUCACUUACAUAUGAUCUUUGACAGAAUUAAGCAUUUACAAGAAAGACAUUAUGGCCUGCAAAGCCUACAGUAUUUACAGGUGUACCUUGGAGAUACAGAUUCAGUUCCAAACCACCACAUCAAAAUGAGUUACACGAACUUUUUAGUUUCUCAGUGUAUAUAAAAGGUAUGCUUACAUUAUGCUGUAGACUAUUAAGUGUACAAUAGCAUUGUAUCUAAAGAAACAAUGUGUAUCACCUAAUUAGAAUUUUUUAUUGCUAAAAAAUGCUAUCAUCUGACAAUGUGGGGUUGUCACAAACCUUUAAUUUGUAAAAACUGAAAUAUCAGUAAAGCAAGGUAUGCCUAGACUAUCGGUCCCUUUACAGGAAAAAAAAAAGAAAAAAACCUUGCCACCUCUAGUCUAGAUGAACAGCUCAUCUGGUGAAGGACAGUCCUAAAGAUGUGGCCAUCUUCAUUUUUUAUGGGUUUGUUUUCUGAGAGAUUUCCCUGUAAUAGUUUCUGCUUCCCUCAACACCCACACUACUAGCUCUUCAGCGUCUUUGAGAGAACCACUUUAUAAGCUCGACGACACGGACAUCUGGGCUGUGGUUUUUAGGUUACACCUCAGAACAAAGACAGCCUGCGUGAGGCUGCUGGGCACUGCUGCGGCGGCUUCCCAGCCUCUGGCCCACACGUCAGGCGCAUGUCCCUGGCCCACACGUCCCAAGAAACACAUGCACAGCCACCCACAGACCAACAGAUUUAAUGUUAUAUUGCAGUUUCCAGUGAUGCAGAAUACAGCUGCAACUGUGUUUCAAGGAGAAGCCGAGUGGGGCUGGCCGUGCCUGCUGCACGGAGCCAGCCCUGGGCCCGUCUGCAGCCUCCGUAGACGCCCCUCCGUGGAGGGGAGGCCCUGGCUCCGUCUCUGGUUGCCCUGUCCUGUCCACAUCGUUAAAGUUACAGUCCGUGUGCGAGACUUUUUCAUCAAAAGCCUCUGCUCCGUGCUCCGCAGCUUAAGUCUGUGUUCGUCUGCUCUUUGGCCUCUCCUUUGUUGUAAGAUUUGCUGAAUCACUCAUGAAAAGAACUCCCCAAGCAACAGAAAUACUAGUUUAACUGGCACUGUGGCAUAGUAAAAGGCACAAGGGCAGUGUGGCUUAGCCUUUUUGCUGGAUCCCAGGAGGCACGUGAUGUUAAAGAGGGGUCUGGCGGAGAUGCCAAAAUUACAUUUUCAGAAUUCACCCUCCUGGGUGGUUUGGCCAGGUUUCCUAAUUCUUCAAUAUCUAGAUUUUCUUCACCAUUGCCCUUUAGAGGUUUCAUUUACAGGCGAGAUCAGUGGUGACUUGUCUAGUAAGUGAUGUGACAGGGUGGCUGAAGUCUGUAAGCAUAAGCCAUGAUGGACUGGAAAUUCAUCUUGAUAAUGAUUUACCUCACAUAAGGCAUUGGCCCACUACUGACUGCAAUUAUGAGUGCUCUCAAGUAUUUGGCCAGAGGUUCUCACAUCCACUGUGUGGUUGGCAUUCAGUAAGGAAACAAUUCUUUCUGACUCCAGUGUUGUAAAUAAAUCCCAGAUGUUGAUAAAGAACAUCCAGGGAAAUGCUUGUUGCCUGGAAUUGGUUUUUGUUUUUUUAAAAAAGGAUGAUUUUAAAAUUUGAAUUUUCAUUACUGGCUUUUUCUGUCAUUUCCUGGUAACCAGCAAAAGGAUCGUUCUUUGAUUGCUGGCAGAGCUCUGUGGGCUUGUCUUUCUUGAGGUGAAAAAAAACAAAACAAAACAAAAAACUGUUUUUGACCCAGAAAUCAAUUUAGCAACUUUAAUCUUGAGGUUCUUAAAAUUUAAAGGAGAAUUAAUAAAGAAUGAUGACCUGUUUGUUAAA